AUGACGACCGACAACCGAGCGGCAAUGUGGCUGCUGCCGCCAAUCGCGCUGCAGAUUCUGCACUACCUCGACGACGCCGAUGACGCGUUCGCCUUUCUUACGGCGGCGCCCGAUUGUAGCCUCGAUGACGCGCUCGACGCGCUCCGGACGCUCUUGGCCAUGGACUCGGAGUUUUCACUCUGGCCCACGGCCCACAUUGCCAGUCUCGACAAGGCAUACAACGUCAGUCCCAGCGUUGUUAUGAUGGCACUUUCUCUCUUCAAGAAGAUUGAUUUGGGCUUCUGCGAAGACGCCUCGACGAGCAUACGCCGCAACACGGAGCUGCCCCCGACGACCACCGUGAGCGCCUACGUCAAUCACAACGCAACUAGCCUGCGCGCCGCCCUCGGCAAAUGGCUUCCCAACCUCGAGGACCUCGAAGUCGUGAGUCGAAACGAUCCGGAUUUUGCGCCACUCGCCAACGACAACCUCUCGGCAUGCCAUGGCCUCCGUGCGCUGACCAUCCACCAGGACGAGGUGCUGGACCAAGCCACCUUGGACGCUGUGCUAGCGGCUGUCAUUGCAACGUGCCCCAACAUCGAGCGUAUCUGCGUCGAAUUGUCGAAGCUCUCGUUCAUGUCGGACUGCACGUCGCUUCUCGCGUGGCUUGCGCUGCCGACCGCACGCCAUCUCACGUUGGAUUGUAUCGACUUUCAUGUGGAGCUCGGCGCAGAGCUGGCAACGGCCAUGCUUGAUCCGUCGACUGCGCUCGAGACAAUCGAGUUGUCUGAAGCGCCGAACCUCACGCGCGCGAUUUUGAGUCCGUCGUCGCCGCCGCUGCCGCCGCAACUGCGGCACCUGACGAUCUGCGACUAUACGAUGGACAACGACGACGCUUUGCACGACGUGUUCUACGAUGAUUAUGAUGCUCCGUUGACAUUCGGCAAUAGUGACGUAGCUGCCCUCGCCGCCAAGAUUGCGAACUCGCGCCUUGAGAGCUUGGUGUUGGGGCCACAGUAUCCCAGUGAUCUCACACCGGUCGUAAACAUCUUGCCGCAGCUCCCGACGCUGACCAAACUCGCACUCCAGGAGGUCCAUUUGGCCUCGUUUCCGCCUUUGGUGCAGCUUUUAUAUCUCGAGCUGCGCUUCGUGACGUUCCCGGACGAGGCCGUCGAAUCGCUCGCGACGCUGCUUGGCUCGUCGCCAAAGCUGGUGCAUCUCGAUCUCAGUUACAGCGAGCUGACCGACUACCAAGUCGAGACGAUUCUGCGCGCCCUGCCACACUGGCUGAGCCAUCGCGGGACAACAUGCAACGUCGCUCUCCCCAUCAUGACCGAGGCGAGCGCCACCGCGCUCAUCGCUGCACUUGCAAAGACGCGCAAUUCGCACAGGGUCACGUGUUUGAUUGCCACGUCUGGUCUCUCGCUCCAUUACAAGAAGCAACUGGUGGCGGCACUGGCGUCGACGUCGCGCAUGGCGCUGUGCAUCCUCGGAGCAGAUCGUUUUGAGUUCGUCGCGCUGGAAGCGUAUGGUCGGCAGCAUCAGUUGACGAUCGCGUAUCGCAAGGAGUCCACGACGGCGGCCAAGGAGUGCUGGUUCCACUCGCCACAUUGUUGGACGAUUAACUCAUGAUGCGCGUUCAUG